CCACUGGGCAUGCCAGUGGCCUGAUUCCAGAGUGUAGAAAGAGAGAGACACACACACAGGAGAGACAGAGAGCAAAAUCGAGGGAUGCUCGCCACGAGGAUGAUGGACGCGCUCGUGCUGCUGUGCUGCGCUCUGCGCCCGGGAGCCGGGAUCGCCGGUUACUGGCUGGGCCACCGGGUUGCAGUGGCAGCUGCGGCAGCGGUGGCGGUGGGCGGUGACACGGCCGGGAGGGCCCACCACAGGAUCCAGCACGGGCCCUGCACCUACACCUUCCUGCUGCCGGAGCUGGCCGAGCAUCACCAGCAGCAGCAGCAGCCGCAGCAGCAGCAGCCGCAGCAGGGCUGCACAAGCGGUGCCGAGAGCCUGGUCACCAACUCGCUGCAGCGAGACGCGCCGAACGCUGAGACCGACCGCUCUCAGCAGAGGCUGCAGCAGCUCGAGGUGGCGACGGAGAACAACACGCAGUGGCUCGUGAAGCUGCAGAACUCCAUUCGAGAAGGUGUGAUGGUGGAGCUGGCUCAGCUGCAGCAACGCUCAAUGAACAACCAGACGACCGCCAUGCUGGAGGCAAGCAGCAACCUGCUGAUGCACACCGCUGGGCAGACGCGCAGGCUCGCCACCAUUGAGGCACAGGUCCUAAAUCAUACUUCAAGGCUGGAGAUUCAGCUGCUGGAAAACUCCCUUUCGACCAGCAAACUGGAGAAACAACUUCUUCAACAGGCACAGGACAUCAGCAGGAUCCAGGAGAAAAAUGUAUUGCUGGAGCGCAGGCUCGCAGAACAGGAGGGCCGGCUGGCAGGCGCGCACCAGGAGCGGCGCCGCGUGCAGGAGCUGCUCUCGGGGCAGGGCGCCCGCCUGGCGGAGCUGGCGCGCCGGCUGGACGAAGCGGGCGCCGGCCACGGCCGCCUGCUGCGGCAGCACGCGCAGCUGGCCAGCGCCCUGCAAGAGACGCUCGCACGCCUAACGCAGGACGACGCGCGUUUCCCAUUCCGUGACAAGGAAGAAAAAAAUAUAUUUCGGGAUUGCGGGGAAUUCAUAAAAUCUGGACAUACAAAUAGUGGAGUGUACGUUAUUUACCCUGCCAAUGACACCGUACCGGCAAAAGUCUACUGUGACAUGGAAACAGAUGGUGGUGGCUGGACAGUAAUUCAGCGCAGAGAAGACGGGUCGGUGGAUUUCCACCGAAGCUGGCAAGACUACACAACGGGAUUUGGGGAGGCUACAGGUGAACAUUGGUUGGGAAAUGAAAUAAUCCAUCAACUGUGUAGCCAAAAAACGCACCAGAUGAGAAUAACAUUGAAAGACUGGGAAGGCAACACAGCAUUUUCCACGUAUGAGCGAUUCUCCAUUGCAAGUGAGAAGCAAAAUUACAGGCUGCACGCUCGGGGCUACGGAGGCACGGCGGGCAAGCACAGCAGCCUCGGCCAGGGUAGCAGCAGCUUCAGCACCAGAGACGCGGACAACGACAACUGCCCCUGCAGAUGUGCGCAGAUGAGCACAGGAGGCUGGUGGUUUGAUGCCUGCGGGCCGUCCAACCUCAAUGGGAUGUACUACUCUGCUGGGCAGAACGUGGGUAGGUUUAAUGGUAUCAAGUGGCAUUACUGGAAAGGUUCAAGUUACUCUUUGCGUGCCACCACCAUCAUGAUUCGCCCAAUAGAUAUAUAACAACAUUACAAAGAUAAGAGCACAUCAACAUCACGCCAACCGCAUGUUUAAGUGUCACGAACGUAAAUGAUUUUUGGUUUUUACGGUUGAGUGAAAUAUUGUUAAUUCUGACAUGUUCUGUGAAAUAUGAGAAUAGGUUUUCCCCUUUUUUUCUGCCAAUAAAACAAGUGUAAAGAUGUUGAAAACACCAAACUGAAACCUUUUACAAGGAAUCAUGUCUGCAAUAACCACAAUACAGUACUUGUGGUCAGAAUGCAAACAAAAAACAU